AUGGAGGAGGACAAGUGUUUAGUGUGUAAGAAUGCCGUUCGCUCGCUGCAGCAUGGCAUCACAUGUGACGUUUGCGACAAAUGGCAGCAUCGCACCUGCAAUACAGAAACAGACAAUGAAGCAAGCUGUGCGGCGAUGCAGCGUGCGACGGAAAGCGUUCAUGUGUACCGCGUCGGUCACGCAAGAGGACAGAUCAACGAAGUGGGCCCGAAGACCACGUAUGAGAGACGGGAGGCCGUCCACGCCCUGAUGAGAAAGUUGAUGGCCGUUCCCUUUCUGCCGGGAACUCAUAUUCCGCGUGCAUUCAGCAGGUUGGCUGAACGCGCGACGUCCAUGGAGACGGAAGCGGUGUUCUCCUACAUUCAGUCCUCCUGGCUUGACAGUUCAAUGUGGGCACCGGAAGAGUGGUCUGUGUACCGACAGACUGUCAGAACGAACAACGACACAGAAGGGUGGCACCGUCGGUUGAGUUUGCAGGCAGCCGACCACAAGUGCUCCUUCUAUGUGUUGGUACCUCUCCUGCGGCGCGAGGCCGAGUACCUGCCAGUGCAGGCCCAGCUGGUGCGAGAGGGAACCGGGCGGGUCCGACGCAACGUCUAUGUAAAUCUUGACGAGCAGCUUGGCCAGCUCUGGGAAGAAUACGACCAGCGGGAACUGACCACCGAGGAUUUCCUCACCAAUAUCGGGGAGAUGUAUGCCUUCUGAAUCGUCGCCUCUUGAUGAUGAUGAUGAUAAUGCUGGGAUAUAUAAACCUAUCACCACAUGAUGAUGAUUAUCACGUUACGUUGAUGAUAAUUAUGAUGAAAAUUAUUAUUAUUAUGAUGAUGAAUAUGAUGUAAUUAUUAAGUUACAAAUAAAUUAUGCAAUUAUAAUGAUGAUGAUGAUUAUUAUUAGAGUGAUUCUUUUGAUGCUGAAGAUUAUUAUGCUGCUGCAGACU